CCCACGCACAAGUGGCCUAUAAAACGAUCGAGCUAAUUGGCAAACAGCAUCAGUCACUGACAAACCAACCAACCCAAACAGUUCAACAUGAAGUUCCUCAUCUGCUUGGCUCUCUGCUUUGCCGUCGCUCAGGCUGGCUUCCUGGCUUCCCCGGUUACGUAUGCUGCUGCUUCAUCGUAUGCUGCCACCUAUGCCGCUGCCCCCGUGGCCUACUCGGCACCAGUGACCACCUAUGCUGCUGCUGCUCCGGCUUAUUCCACCUAUGCUGCUGCCGCUCCGGCUUACUCAACCUACGCCGCUGCUGCUCCAGCCUACACCGCCUCGGUGUACGGCGCCUCAGCCUAUACCGCUCCUGUGACCACGUACGCCGCAGCUGCUCCUGCUUUCACGUCCUAUGCUGCGGCUGCUCCCGCGUACACCACCUAUGCAGCUCCAGCCAUCGUCAGCCCCUUCUUGAAGAAGAAGUAAACGCUCUUCCUUUGCGUACCUUCUGAACCAUCCGAAUAAUAUGACAACUAAAUAAACCUCCCAAUCAAACCAAA